AUUACGCCUUAGCCGCGGCAUAUUAUAACACCGAAAGCUAUUUACAGCAUCAUACACUGCCAGCAAUAGCCGAACCUGACGAGAGAAAGUUGUAAGAUCAGACCAGAAUGAUCAGACGAGAUCGAUGGACGCGUACAGAAGAAUAGAAAUUGGUCAAAAACGAAAAUUGAAGAGAGAGAAAAAAAAGGCUUGAGGAUUUUGUCUCAUUUUGGUCACUGCUAGUCCGACACAGGGAACCGAGAGCAGGCGCGUACCAGGACACCCCAGCAGAACAGGUCAGCAUUAGCGCAUUCCCUGUUCCAACGAUCGACCUCGGCUGCCCGAGGCAUGUGGCUAACCCGCGCACCGUUGUCCGGUUAUCGUUGUCUGGAGUGCUACCUCAUCUCCAAAGACGUUAUUAGACUUUGCUCCCAAUUCUCAUGUGUUCUGUUCUGUUCUUGCUCCAACAUUUAUCUUCACACAACCCUCCACACCAGCCAACCAACUGAAUACUCACAAGCCUCAUACCCCUUGGACAUAGUGACUGAGCCUUCUUGUAUCUGGCAUAAUCAUCGUAUACAUCCCUACACAAACCAUCACAAUGGCUUCACCACAGAAGAUCCGAACCCCUAUCACCGAUCUGUUCAAGAUCCAGCACCCCGUCAUGCUCGCCGGCAUGAACGUGGCCGCAGGACCCAAGCUGGCAGCUGCCGUCACAAACGCAGGAGGCCUGGGUGUUAUCGGAGGCGUCGGCUACACACCAGAGAUGCUUAAGGACCAAAUCGCCGAGCUGAAGCACCAUCUCACAGACAAGAACGCCCCCUUUGGUGUUGACUUGUUGCUGCCGCAGGUUGGUGGCAACGCGCGCAAGACCAACUACGAUUACACCAAGGGCAAGCUCGAUGAGCUGGUUGACAUCAUCAUUGCCGAGGGCGCCAAGCUUUUCGUCUCUGCCGUCGGUGUGCCGCCCAAGCACGUCGUUGACCGCCUGCACAAGCACGGAAUCCUCUACAUGAACAUGAUCGGCCACCCCAAGCACGUUGCCAAGUGCCUCUCUCUCGGCGUGGACAUCAUCUGCGCCCAGGGCGGUGAGGGCGGUGGCCACACCGGCAACAUUCCCACCACCAUCCUCAUCCCCUCGGUCGUCAAGGCCUGCCAGGGCCACAAGUCGCCUCUGACCGGCGGUCCCGUCCAGGUCGUUGCCGCCGGCGGUAUUUUCAACGGCCAGACCGUUGCUGCCGCUCUCAUGCUCGGCGCCAGCGCCGUCUGGGUUGGCACACGCUUCAUCCUCACCCACGAGGCUGGCGCACCCGAGUCACACAAGGAGGCUGUCCGCACCGCCGGCUACGACGAUACCAUCAAGACCGUCAUCUUCACGGGCCGUCCCCUGCGCGUGAAGAAGAACCCCUACAUCCUUAACUGGGAGAAUGACCGCCAGGACGAGAUCAAGGAGCUGACCGCCAAGGGAAUCCUCCCCUACGAGUCCGACCUUGACAAGAUCAUGGGCGGCGAGGAGGGCCCCAACUUUGACAUUGCCAGCGGCGAGGCCAAGGGCAAGGAUGACAAGAAGCCCAACGUCGAGACCGAGGAGGAUGUUGACAUUGAUGACCUCAUGGACCAGUUCAGGCCGUUCCUGAUGGGCAAGUGCGCCGCCGUCGUCAACGAGCUCAAGAGCGCCAAGGAGGUUGUCGACGAGCUCGUCAAUGAUGGUGCCGCAUGCUUGGGACAGGGUGGCCAGAUGGUCAAGGCCUCGGCCAAGUUGUAAACAAACCAAAAAAGCUGUUAUUAUUUUCUCAUGACAUGUGUUAUUCUUUAAUGUCCAAUGCCAUUUUUACUAUGUAUAUACCACCCAAAGUCUUUGGUUCAGCUUUCCGGUUGGUGGGUAUCUGUCUGGCUUGUAACUGUCUAUAGCUCUAGGUGAUCAUGAGAUUCAUUGAUACACACACAUCGGACUGGCAAUGAUUAUAUGCUUUCACAA